CGCUCUGCUUCGGCCAAUCAGCGAGCGCCUGGCAGUCCUGCCUGUGGAGAGGCAAGAUGGCUGCUGCGUGUCGCAGCGUGAAGGGUCUGGUGGCUAUAAUAACCGGUGGAGCCUCGGGCCUAGGCCUCGCCACGGCGGAGCGACUGGUGGGGCAGGGGGCUUCUGCUGUACUUCUGGACCUGCCCCACUCAGAUGGGGAGGCCCAGGCGAAGAAGUUAGGGAAGAGCUGCGCCUUUGCUCCAGCCGACGUGACCUCAGAGAAGGACGUGCAAGCAGCCCUGACUCUAGCAAAAGAAAAGUUUGGCCGCGUGGAUGUGGCAGUCAACUGUGCAGGCAUUGGAGUGGCCAGCAAGACAUACAACUUAAAGAAGAGCCAGGCCCAUACCUUGGAGGACUUUCAGCGAGUUCUCAAUGUGAAUCUCACAGGCACCUUCAAUGUGAUCCGCCUAGUGGCUGGCGAGAUGGGCCAGAAUGAACCAGACCAGGGAGGCCAACGUGGGGUCAUCAUCAACACUGCCAGCAUAGCUGCCUUUGAGGGCCAGGUUGGACAAGCUGCAUACUCUGCCUCCAAGGGGGGCAUAGUGAGCAUGACACUGCCCAUUGCUCGGGAUCUGGCCCCCAUGGGCAUCCGGGUGAUGACCAUUGCUCCAGGCCUAUUUGGCACCCCGCUGUUGAACACCCUCCCAGAUAAAGUGCGCAACUUCCUGGCCAACCAGGUGCCCUUCCCCAGCCGACUGGGAGACCCUGCUGAGUAUGCUCAUCUGGCGCAGGUCAUCAUCGAGAACCCAUUCCUCAAUGGAGAGGUCAUCCGGCUGGAUGGGGCCAUCCGGAUGCAGCCUUGAAGGGGGAGGGCAGGGCAGAGAAAACACAUGCUCUUCUGUCCCUCCUCCUCCUGGAGUACUGUACUCCAGUGUGUGAGGGAGGAAGUCCAAUAGCCAUUUUGUAACCUCUGCCCACCAGUCACCCUCUGUGCCUAAUAAAGUCUAUUUCUCGCA